CACUCUUGAGCGGCAGGUCGUCAUGCGCAGCACAACGUCAAGAUCAAAGCGCAAAUAUUUAAAGUUCACAGCUCGUCCUGUCUGACUGAUUCUGCGCACUCUCCGUCGUUUCUAUUCAUGUCUUACGAAUAGCAAUGGGCAAGAAACGCAUUCUGGUCAGCUACGGUGUAGAUAUUGACGCUGUAGCCGGUUGGUUGGGCUCAUAUGGUGGAGAGGACAGUUCCAACGACAUCAGCCGAGGUCUCUUUGCCGGGCACAUUGGCACUACACGACUGCUAAAGCUAUUCGAGAAGUACGGCAUCACAGCAACAUGGUUUAUCCCCGGCCAUUCGCUAGAGACAUUCCCUGAGGAAUGUGCCAGGGUCCGCGAUCAGGGCCAUGAGAUUGGUCUUCAUGGAUACAGCCACGAAAAUCCAACUGACAUGACCAUCGAGCAACAGCGUGACAUUUUGGAUAAGACGUACCACAUGCUCUACCGUUUCUGCGGCAAACCACCACGCGGUAUUGUUGCUCCGUGGUGGGAGACAAGCAAGGAAAUGACCGACCUCCUGCUCUCUUAUGGAAUUGAGUACGAUCAUUCCAUGUCCCAUCAUGAUUGCCAGAUGUACUGGCUACGCACGGGCGACUCGUGGACGAAGAUAGAUUAUGAUCAGAAAGCCGAGACGUGGAUGAAGCCGCUCGUCCGAGGGCAGGAUACCGGGCUUGUCGAAAUUCCUGGGAAUUGGUACAUUGAUGACUUGCCACCGAUGAUGUUCAUCAAGUCGGCACCGAACAGUCAUGGAUGGAUGAAUCCAAGAGACAUCGAGGAUAUCUGGAAGGACCACUUCGACUAUUUCUACCGCGAGUAUGAUGAAUUUGUUUUUCCAAUGACUAUACAUCCUGAUGUGUCUGGACGUCCCCAUGUUCUUUUGAUGCAUGAAAGAAUUAUCGAGCAUAUCAACAAGCACGAGGGUGUUGAAUGGGUGACAUUCGGACAAAUGUGUGACGACUUCAAAGGCAAGAACAAGCCACCCGAGGGUGCAAGGAUGCCUGCAGCUCCCAUGCCACUCAAGCAGACCUGACAAGCAUCUUACUCCAUGGAAUUACCACUGUCUUUUCAGAAGGAAUUGACUCGGCAACGACUGUAGGGUAGCCCCCUUGGCCAAUGUACCACUGUCCAGUUAUCUUAUAUGUUUUGCAUUUCUCGGAGGUGAAAUGCUAGGACGCCUGAUGAAUAAACCUAUCGUAACUUGCUACACUAACGCCACUCGCCACUCAUAUGCAAACCAUGGGUAUUAGAGGACGAUAUUUUUAGAUUCUUGGCUGAUUAAAGAGCUGGGGUUUCAUGUUGACCUUGCAAAGCUUAGAAACGCAACCGCUCAACUGCAGCAAAGACUGCACGCCAUCCAAAAUGCGCAUAUGCGUAAAGCCAAUCUCACGGAUGAAUUCGAGCUUGGAGUGUUCUGAUAGCGUGGGAAUUGUCUUGGUCACCCGGAA